AUGGGCCGCGCCGACGACGAGAUACAAACCAGCGAAUUCUACCCGUACUUUAACAUCCAAGCCACGGCCAUUGCCCCGCAUGAUACGGUGGAUAUUAUCUAUUUUUCUGUACUGUUCGCGAAUAUUGGCGUACACAUCUAUGAUAUGUAUCAGCUUUUGAAAAGCCCUUACAAAGAAGACAACCGCGCAAAACCUAUAAUCUUAUAUGUGCAUGUUACGACAAUAAUCCUCUGCCUGACGCCGUUAUUUUAUGUGGAAAGGACCCAUGUGCCAAAUGAUUUGGAAGUCGGCACGCCGGCCUCGAUUAUAUGGGGCAGAUUUGUUCUUCACAACGAUCACAUCAUUUACACGAUCGUAUUUUUCGUAAACUUCUACCUCUUCGAAUCGCACAUGCUGAUUCUCCUCGUCAUCAAUAUCGUUUCCCUAUACGCGAAAGCAAGAAAUGCCAUCGAAUUUGAUGUAAUUCCACUCUACAACUGGAUAAUUUUGGCAUUGGGCAUACUACUACCAGCCGGAAUUACGACACUUUACUACUGGCAGACAGAAAAAAAAUUACUAGCUGGAUGGCAAGGCCUACAAAUCUACGAACCGCUCGGCGCCUUCCUCGGCUGGAUUUGCGUGGCCUACGCGGUCCUAAAACUCCUCAACCAACCGCUAAACAUUCGGGAAAAGAAGUGGGAGCUGGUGGCUUGGGAUGCGUUUGCGCUGGUGUUGGCAGCAUUAUUUUCGCACGCGUUGACGAGCCCGUUUAUCGUGCCCGGAACUCCGUCCGAUGACUACCCGAAACAUUGCAUGCUGCUGCCGAUCUACUCGAACGUCGUCCUGUUUGCCGUCCAUCGAUUCGGGGAUGAA